UUCACAAUGUCUACAUGCUCAUAUAACCAAACAUUAAUGAUUAAAAUUAUACAAACGUUAUCAUUAUCUAUCUUAAUCCAAAAAACAUGCUCUUCUGAUAGGAACACAUAUAAGAAUUCUUAACUCCUAUAAUUACUUUGAAGUAUUUUGAUUGUUUUUAUUAAAAAAAAUAAAACCCAUUUCCUAUAAAUAGGCAUAUGGACAUGAACUAUCAAGCUAGUAAGUUUCUAAUCCAGAUUUUUCCCUCCUCCUCUCAAAACCAAUGGCCAUUUAAUUAACUAAACCUAGAUCCACCUUACAAAGAAACUGUAUAAAUGGGGCUUUCUUGCAGGAGUUGUUUCUCACUAUAUUUUUCAUCCUUGUGUAGACUUCUUGUUGCUAUUAUUCAUCUCCUGUCCUUCACUGUAUUAUCAGCAACCUUUGCCAUUGGCAAUGCCAACAAUCAGACAGAUCGACUAGCAUUGCUGGACUUCAAGGACAAGAUAACCGACGAUCCACUUGGGGUCGUGAGUUCAUGGAAUAGGUCUCUUCAUUUCUGCAAGUGGUAUGGCAUCACUUGUAGCCGGAGACAUCAAAGGGUGACAAGGUUAGACCUAAGUUCCCUCAAACUUUCAGGUUCCAUAUCACCGUAUGUUGGCAAUUUAAGCUUUUUAAGAGAGUUGUAUCUUGAAAAUAAUAGCUUCAGUUAUGAAAUCCCUCCUCAGAUUGGCCAUUUGCGUAGACUCCAAAGCUUAUCACUUUACAAUAAUUCGAUUAGUGGUGAAAUUCCUUCCAACAUAUCAGCUUGUUCUAAUCUUGUAUAUUUAUACUUAGAUGGGAACAACCUGGUAGGGGAAAUCCCCGAGGAGCUUACUUCCUUGAUGAAGCUUGAAUAUUUCUUUUUGGGAAAGAACAAUCUGAUAGGAACUAUCCCUCAAUCUCUUAGGAAUCUAUCAUCCAUUGAUACAUUCUCCGCAUAUCGAAAUAAGUUGCAUGGGGUUCUACCUGAAUCCUUUGGCCGAUUGAUGAAUCUAAGAAUUUUAACAUUGUAUGAUAAUCAGUUUUCGGGAAACAUUCCUUCUUCAAUCUUCAAUCUCUCUUCGAUUGAAAGUAUAGAUGUGGGAAUCAAUCACUUACAUGGCACUCUUCCAAUGACCUUAGUCAUCUCUCUUCCACACCUCAAUUUCUUUUCCAUUGGGCAAAAUCAAUUCACUGGAUCCAUUCCAACCUCAAUUUCCAAUGCCUCAAAUCUAGAAAUCCUUCAACUGAACCAAAAUAGUCUUACCGGAACAGUCCCUUCUCUUGAAAAGUUGAACAAAAUGUUUUUCUUAGGCAUUGCAGGGAAUCAUUUAGGCGGUGGGAGGACUAACGACUUGAAGUUUCUUUCAGAUUUGACUAAUGCUACUGCUUUAAGACUAUUAAACAUAAACGACAAUAACUUUGGAGGGAAGCUGCCUGAACACCUUAGCAACUUCUCGAAGAAGCUCGAGCUACUUGCCCUAAAUGAUAAUCAAAUACAUGGAAACUUACCAGCUGGAAUAGAGUUUCUUGUUAACUUGACUAUUUUGUCUGUAUCAAGUAACAAACUGUCAGGUACAAUUCCUUCCAGCAUUGGAAAGCUUAAGAAUCUACGAGAACUUUAUAUGCACGAUAACAAUUUUUCGGGAAGUAUUCCAUCCUCUCUUGGAAACUUGAUAAAUUUGAUUCAUAUUCUUUUAUAUUAUAAUAAUCUUCAAGGCAUGAUCCCUUCAAGUCUUGCGAAUUGCAAAUCUUUGCUAAUAUUAGAUCUUUCCAAUAACAAUCUUACUGGUCUCAUACCUCGGAGACUUUUUGAACUUUCCUCUUUAUCAGUAUCUCUUGAUUUAUCAAACAAUCGUUUGUAUGGUUCCCUUCCCAAUGAAGUGGGAAACUUGAAACAGCUAGGUUCGCUAGCCCUUGAAUACAACAUGUUAUCAGGUGAGAUCCCCAGUGGUCUUGGCAGUUGUGAAAGUCUCGAACAGUUAGACAUGAGUCACAAUUUGUUUCAAGGGUCUAUUCCUUCAACUUUAAGUUCAUUGGGAAGCAUUCAACAAUUGAAUCUUUCUCACAACAAUUUGUCAGGUACGGUACCCAUAGAAGGCAUUUUCAAGAUUGCAAGUGCAACAUCAAUAGAAGGAAAUAAAAAUCUAUGCGGUGGCAUUCGUGAGUUUGGCCUACCUGAGUCCUAGUCUGAACAACCGAAAAGGAGACAUAGAGUAAAGUUGGAGAGAGUAAUCUAUUUAGUUUCCGCCGCAGUAGCUGCAGCGCUGGUGCUUACUUGUUUAUCUAUUUGGCGGUUACGAAAGAGCAAACGAGAAUCCACAUCGAGUUCUUUUGAGAAU